AUGAACAGAUGUACCAGGGAUGCUGACGGCGAAAAUCAGCGUGCUGCGUUGGCCUUGUCUGUCUCCAGUGAUGAAGGUAACGAGAGUGACAAUCCCCAAUUCCACACUCUGCUGUCAGAUACCACCCUUCAGGUACGUGUGCAGGGAAAAACAGCUUUUAGGUCGAACGUUGGCACACCACAGGGUGACAGUCUUAGUCCGAUUCUGUUUACAUGCUACUUUGAGAGUGCACUGCGAGGUAUCAGAUCUGACUCCCCUCCUGACGACAUCCUACCACCUGAACUGCAGUAUGCGGAUGAUCUAGACUUCAUUGGAACUGAUGAGCAAGAGCUAGUGGACGUUCAUGAUCAAUGUGCAGAGACCCUCCCAAGCCAUAACCUCACCGUAAACACCUCCAAAACUGAACGAACAAAGAUAUACCUGGCUGAUGACCUGGAGGAGUGUGGUUCCGAAGCAUGGAGAAAUGCGAAGUCGCUGGGAUCACGGCUAGGCUCAGCGCAAGAUGUCCAAGCCAGAAAGGCCCUAGCAACCCAGGCAUUCUGUUCGUUGUACGCACUCUUCAAGCAUCAAUCUACCUCACUACUGCUUAGAGUUGCGCUGUACAAUACCUAUGUGAAGCCAGUGCUGUUGUACAACUGUGCAACAUGGGGUCUCACAGAUGCCAUCACCAGAGGGAUUGACACCUUUCAUCGAAGGCAUCUGAGAACAAUGGCUGGCGUUAAGUUCCCGAACACAAUUACCAACAAGCAUCUGUACGACAUCUGCGGCUCAGCACCAAUUUCGCUCGAGAUUGACCAACGGCGUUGGGAGUUCCUUGGUCACGUACUGAGAAUGCAGAAGAGCUCUCCCCCACAGCGCGU